AUGGACUCGAACUAUAACUUGGACCUCGACGACGAGCUCUUUAUUCGGAACAGACCCGAUGUGGUCACCCUCCCACGCCUGGGGAACAAGACGUGCCGGCCUACACUACAAGAAGGCCAAUUCCCGGCAGCUAUUCCCCCAAAGACUGAAUUUCAACGAAUGUCGCUCAACGACAGCACCGAUGACGGGGAUGAUGUACUCGCCGCAGCCAAACGAACAUUCCAAGCUUCACUAGACUACUUCAAGCAAACAUCAAUUAAAUCUAUCGCCAACAUUAAGUUACCGCAGCUAUCCAAAGUUCAUGGAGCCGGGGGACCACACCCCGCCCUGAAUCCUGAAGCCAUGCCAGCCGACGAGCCCACACCGAACCCCGAAGCUACGCCAGCAGCGGUGUCCGCAAUGAACCCCGGAGCUACGCGCAGCGGCGGUACCCGCACUGAAUCCCGGAGCUACGACCGUAGCGGUGUCCGCACUUCGAAACCCGGAGCCUCACCCAACACCAAGCCGCGCAAGCCGACCUGCUGCCGUCUGGAUCACCUUAUUCCCGACGCGCGAGGCGAUAUCCAACCCCCCAGUACCGCGAACCGGACUUGGUGCCGGCUUUGCGGACGACCCGGGCAUCUCAGCGAGAGGGGUGCAAAUUUGGCCGCACCCGAAGACAUUCAACAACUACUGGCUCUUCAGAAGAGAU